AUGGAGCCAGAAUUAAACUGCUCUGAUCUGUGUCACCGUAUCCCUACUCAGGAACUGAAUGACAGAUCCCUUCAGGAUUUCUGUGGAACAGCUGUGACCUCUUCCGACCUUGGCACUGAGCCCACCUCCUCAUUGUCUUCUGUCCUCUUGGGCAUCGUGUGGACUUCCCUCAGUGGUGGACUUCUUCUGGUACUCUUCUUUCUCAUCUUCACAAUCCAAUGUAGGAACAACAGGAUUGUGAAGAUGUCCAGUCCCAAUCUGAACAUUAUGACCUUGAUGGGCAGUGGUCUGACAUACACAAGCGCGUAUCUCUUUGGGAUCCCAGAUCAAGAUAUUUUUCUGGGAUCCUCCAUGACAACACUCAUUCAGGUCAGACUGUCCCUACUAUGUGUUGGGAGUUCCUUAAUAUUUGGCCCCAUAUUGGGGAAGAGCUGGAGACUGUACAGGGUUUUUACCCAGCGGGUCCCAGACAAGAGAGUGAUUAUUAAAGACCUACAGCUGCUUGGGCUGGUAGCAGUGCUGGUGAUGGUUGACAUUAUCCUGCUUGUGACAUGGGUAUUAUCUGAUCCCAUCCAGUGCCUUCAGAUUCUCCGUUUUACAGUGAGGAUGACAGAGAGAGACAUCACCUGUUCCAUGACCAAGACCUACUUCUGUGCCUCCCUUUACUCUGAUCUCUGGAUUGCUCUCAUUUUGGGAUAUAAGGGUGUAGUCUUGCUCUAUGGUGCCUACCUGGCUGGGCUGACAGACCAUGUUAGCUCUCCACCAGUGAAUCAGUCUUUGACGAUCAUGGUUGGAGCCAAUCUUGUGGUGCUGGUUGCUGGGCUUCUUUUCUUGGUCACCAGAUUCUUCCAUGACUGGCCCAACCUUGUCUUUGGACUCACAGCUGGAGGCAUCUUUGUCUGCACAACGACAAUCAACUGCUUCAUCUUCAUUCCACAACUGAAGCAGUGGAAGCCAUUUGAUGAAGAAAACCAAACAGUUGGCCAUAUGGCAAAAUACUUCAACAGCCCCAGCAAAAGCUUCUAUACCCCAUAUAGUGAGGAGCAGAUUUACCAUCUAAUAGGGGAGAAGAACUCCAUGAAAAAACUCCUGACCGAGAAAAAUGCUGUGAUUGAAAGCCUACAGGAGCAAGUGAAGAAUGCAAAGGAGAAACUGAUGAGACUGAUGUCAGGAGAUCACCCUAACGGAGCUGCCACUCCCAGCCUUGCUCAGGGCAGGGCUAGCCCCAGCGAAGCCUCUGUCCACGGGGGUGUGGCAGCUGAAGGUCUCUUCAAUAGUCCUUCAGAUUCUGCUGGGGAGCCCUGCCCUGUCUUUCCAGCCCUCUUUACUAGUUUACAGAGCCUUAAGGAUCAUGUCAAGGCCCAAAACUCUUCCCCACAACACCAGGAGCAGAGUUCUGACUCAGAAGACACAUCUAACCAUUUACGCUUAGAAAAUACCCAGAAGCCUCAGACUUCCCAGAGUGGCAGUCCGAAAGCAGAAGACCAGGGGCUGACAUCCCCAAGCCAGAAUCUUAUACCAGAUCCCAAAGCCAGCAUUCCUCAGAGACAGAAGCCGGCGCCCCAAGAGCAGCCAUCAAAGAUUAAUUAUGUGAGCAGUGAGAUGCUUCAAGAGGUCUUACAAGAACUGAGUCUGGGCAAAGUAACUUACCCUUCUUGUCCUCCCAGUGGUCCCCAUUGCCUCAGCCCCAGGGUGUACCAAGAGGACAGUGCUGCCCACAGUCCCCAAAAGAGGUCUCCCUCUAACGACAUGGGCAUUAGCCCAUAUAUGGUGAGAAGGAGACGGGCAGCCCAGAGAGCCUCCAUGCAUUUCCCAGGGUCUGUGCCUUCACAAACAUGGUGCCUAAUGAACAAGACAGUUUCUAGGACACAGACUGGGCUGAAGGUUCAGAGGGAGAACAGGUUCAACCAGGAACUCCAGGCUGGGGAUCCUGAAGGACAAAAGUUCCUUUCACGGAGACCUUCCCUGCUCACUCCAGCCCAUGGUAGUCUGAGUCCCCAGGCUGAGAACAGGCAGAGCCAGUCUGAGGAUCCCAGAACCAGAAUAAGAGUAAGAGAUGGAUUUCCAAACCAGUCGUCCUGCUCUGCUUCUGUAGAAAAUCAAGUUGCCUCUCUCCUUUCCAGUGACCCGUCAAAUCUCCUCCGGCUGGAGAGACCACAGCUCAGUGGUAUGGGCUGGCCAGCCCUGCCUUCCCUGUGUGACUAUGGCGACUCUGAAUCCAGCAGCUCUGAUGAACCAUUCUGCCGCUGCCAUCGGCCUUACUGUGACAUCUGCUUCCAGAGUUCCAGCGACUCCGGUGACAGUAGUUCCUCUGAGAAUGAUCCUGAACCGCCACAGGGCACAGCCCACUGGGCCAAACUGUAUGCCAGGUCCCACCCCAUUGUGAACUUCAGAGAGGACUUGAAACCCACAUUGGUAUAAAAAACAGUGGAGCCAGUCUAUUUAGAAGGAUAUGAUGAUGCCCUCAGAGGUCUAUGGAGAAGCUUUUGACUCCAAGGGAAUGGAUCUAAGUUCAUUCAGCAAGUAUUUAUUAAGCAACUGUUCUGUUCAUGACCAACUUACUGUGUGACCUUGGUCAAGUCAUUUCUUCUCUUUGUGAUUCAGUCUCUCCAUUUAGAAAUUAUAAUGCUGUUACCUGCCUUGUCACUACCUCAUAGGGGUUCAAUGAUACUCCCUGAUGGGAUGUCUGCAAAACCAUUAAGCUUCUGAGAAGCAAACUUUAGCUCAGCCUUAUAAAGAAAAACUUCUUAACAACUAAAGUUAUCCCAGGAUAGAAUGUGAAGCCUGGGG